ACAAAACUACAUGCUAGAUGAUAUAUUUUUAAGCCAUAUUCUUGUACUCAACAAAAUUACAUGCUAGAUGAUUAAACAUAAUAAUAAUAUUUUCUUAUGGGAAAAGCUGGAAUGAACUCAUCUUUAAUUUCCAAGAAAAAAAAUUAGUGAAGAAGUGUUUUUUCAAAGAGCAUUGGAAGAUAUGAAAGGAAAAGAAAUUACAAGUAUUGCAAUAUACCACCAACAUGGAUUUGAAUCGAUUGUGGAAUGAGGAAAUUUCAAGAACAUCACUCACCACGAAAAUAUAACAUUUUACACCAGUGUACUAAUUAGGACAAUGCAAUUAUGUUGGUCUCUGGAAUACCAUACAAUGGAGUUUCAAAAUUACAGUAUGAUAUUUAAUAGUAUAUGAGAACAGCAACUUGAAGCUACAAUACUAUAGUUCAAACUAUUCAUAACUGACAACUAUUUUUUUUUUUUUCAGUUAAAUUCUCCUAUAGAUAAUGGUUUUAUAAUCAAUGGGAGCAGCUAAGUUAGCAAAAAAAGCUGUUAUAUCAUCAACUCAAUGAAGUCUAUACAUAUUGGGCUUUAAUAACUAAACAUAUGGGCCGAGGAUAAACAAUAAAAGCCCAAAAAGCAUUAGUGGGACAGAGAAAUGUCAGUCUUUAUUCGUUGUUUUGUAUCUUCUUGUGUGUUUUUAAUAAACCACCGGAAACUAUAGAAGCGGGAAUCGGAGCCUCUCACCGGCGUUUACACCAUCGGAGUCUCAGUUUAUUUACAGUUCUUAUCUUCUAGUUUCUGAAUACGAGUGAAAGUUUGCUACUUCACAAUUGAAGGAGAACUUUCCAACAAUGGUCUCUUGGGUCUUAUCCAUUCGUCCACAAAGUUGUCUCCUUACAAAAUUUCCCGUUUCUGAUUCAGCCAUCUCUAAAUCGAAGCUACUCAUAGACUGUCUUCCAAGGAGCGUCCCAUUACGCUUAUCAGUUCCCAUCAAGAGACAAUCGUCGGUGAAGACUCGUUGUUUCUCUGAGACAAAGCGUCGAACACCUUCCGUGCAAUCCAAACGUGAGUUCUGGGAAGACCCAGACGAUGGUAGCGACAGUGAAGACGAAGAAGAAGGAGAGGACGAAGAAGAUAGUAUCGGGAAUGAUUUAGAUUUCGAGAGUGAUUGGGAAGAAGGAGACUCGAGAGCCCAGAAGGUUACUACAGACAACAACUACGAGGAACAGCUUGCAAGAGAGAUUGAGCAACUUCUUGCACCUGAAGAAAGAGCGAUUCUUCAGCAAAACGAAAUACCAAACCUUCAAAUGAUAUCAACUAAGAAGUGGAAGCCACUUCAGACUCUUGCUCUGUCAAUGCAGAUUCAAUUAAUGGACAACCUCAUGGACAAUGGACUAGACAUUGACGAUGUUGACAAGGAUGGCCAAACCGCUCUUCAUAAGGCAGUCAUUGGUAAAAAAGAAGCAGUGAUUAGUCAUCUUUUGAGGAAAGGAGCAAAUCCACACAUUCAAGAUCGGGACGGUGCAUCUGCGCUUCACUAUGCAGUUCAAGUUGGAGCCUUGCAGACUGUAAAACUACUAAUCAAGUACAAUGUAGACGUCAAUGUUACAGAUAAUGAAGGAUGGACUCCUUUACAUAUCGCUGUACAAAGCAGGAAUCGUGACAUUACAAAGAUCUUGUUGACCAAUGGUGCUGAUAAGACAAGAAGAACAAAGGAUGGGAAAGUAGCUUUGGACAUGGCUCUGUGCUUUGGAAGAGAUUUCAAGUCAUAUGAUCUGGUCAAGCUGUUGAAGAUCAUGCCCACUGACGAUAUAUAGAAAACGAUUGGUGAGUUUUUGAAUGAUGAGGUUGAGAUUAGUAAACCGGGGUUGAAAUUACCUGGUUUGUUUGUAAUCUAAUCCGCUUAAAGUGGUAGAAGAAACCCGGUUUUGUUUGUAUUAAACUAGAUUUUUUGUUGUAUAAUCAAAAACCAAUUGAAUAAAUAUGUAUACUCAAAAGCAUUUUCCCUGGAAACUCUU